CCAGCUGCGGCAGGAUGGAUUCGCUGCGCGCAAUAGAUCAGCGGACCCUGAAAUAGCUGCGUUCCUGUCCACAGAAGAAAAAAAGAAAGGAAGAAAUCCCACCUCCCAAAUCACUCCUUUUCCACCUCCUCCCCCCAAAAGUUCUGAAAAGUGGUGACCAAAGCAGCGAGCAGCAGCAGAAGAAGAAGCAGGAGGGGCUCAUCACUUUUCUUUUCUACUCUUGACUAUCUGUGUCUGCGGGGCUGAGACUGACGGCUUAAUUGGUUCCCUGAGGCGCUGUUUUCUUUUUUAAAAUCCAGCUUUCCGUGCCGUCUGCUACACCUGCCUGCCAAACUGCAGCGCUGAUGGGCGCGGCUGGGACCGGUGCCCAAAUCUCUGUUUUGACUUGCCUGGGAAAGUAGAGCGAAAAGGCACAAAAGGACCGAGGAGUUUAAGAACAUCCCUGCAAGGCGCGUCAGCCUCACACAAACUUAUUGUUCGUCCCGCGGAUCAUCCAGAGAGGAACUUCUUGAUUUGCUCGAGCUGGCUGAAGAUAAGAUGGGAUGGACGAGUUAACAAGGCAGAUGGACAUCUCGGGAGAAAGGGUUGUGACAGAAACCGUAACCACCACAACCAGACUGACUUCUCUCCCACCAAAGGGAACCAGCGGAUCAAAUCACAGGAAUAUGUCCAGCAGUGCUGGAGGGCUGGGCUUGGAGAAGAAUGUCUUAACCCAGAACAGCAGUGGAACUUACUUCUCUUCAUGUGUAAACGGUGGUAGCUACAGCUCCUCUGGCAUCUACCUCGGAGGAGACUCCUCAGGAGGAGGCGAUGAAGUGGGGAGCUACAUAGAUGGAGAAAGCUUCGGAAGUGGAAGCAGGGUAGGAGGUGGAGGAGGAGGAGGAGGUGGAGGUGGAGGGGGCAGUUAUCUCGUGAGCUCUGUGACAAAGGUCCGGUCCAGCUCGGCGGGUGGUGCCAGGAGGGCCCAGACUGCUGGCUCAUCAGGAGGCCUGUCGCCAGCUUUCCGAGAGAGGAAGACCAUAACCAGUCGCUCGGGAGGUUAUGACGGGAGUUCCAGUGCUAACUCCUCUCCAGAGUUUUCACGCAAAGAUUAUGGAAACUAUUGCUCCGGCAGCACCAGAGGGAGGAGCGAAAGCAGAGAGAGCGAGAUUCGAGCAAGAUUGCAAAGUGCCUCCCCCACUGCCUGCAGAUGGACAGAGCUGGACGACGUGAAGAAGCUGCUGAAGGGACGCUCCAGCAGCGUCAGCCCCACGAGAUCCUCCAGCGCCUCCAUCACGCUGCCGGUCCCCAAAAAAGCCAGCGUGGAGACCAAGACUGUCUCAGUGGCCUCUCAGUCAGCAAUUUCAUCUUCGUUUGGUUCUGGUGCGAGAUCAGGCUUCAACACCAUCGAUAUAUCAGGCCUGUAUGAUAACAGCCUGGCAACUGGCCAACUUGACACUGGAGUCAAAACAAGCCAAUAUGAUGUCACAGUGACGUCAGGCCAGUAUGAUACUGGUGUCAAAUCGAGCCAGUACGACGGCAGUCUGAAAUCAGGCCAGUAUGACACUGGUCUAAAGUCAGGACAAUAUGAUACUGGCAUGAGAUCAGGUCAGUAUGACACGCUGGACGCCAUUCUUCCCACUUUCUCGUGGUCCACCUCCACGCUGCCCGCCACCUCCACCACGGUCGCCGCUGGCAACACCAGCAGCUACAGCUACCAGGUCGGCACAAACAACAUGGCGGGAGGCACCUCGCUGCUCAGCCCCACCUCACCCUCAUCGCUGUCAGUUUACGGCUUUCAGAACAAUCUGGCGCCCACAUCUGGCAGCGUGCUCACCACCAGCGGAGCCAACGUUAACGCCAACCUUGGAGGAUAUGGUGUUCAGAAGAAUGUGUCAAAUGGUGGCACCAUCAUCAGCACUGGAGUCUCUACAACCGCUAGAUCCCAAACGGAUGAUUCCUAUAAGCAAGGCUACAAGUUCAUGGUGUCUGAGAAAGAGAACGUUCCAGCAAAGAGGGACACAGAAAUGCUCAUUUUGGCAAAAGACAGCGGGAAGCAGUUCACCAGCAGCAGCAGCGUCCAUGUGGGAGGAGGUUCUCUGUCGGGAGAUUCAAUAAAGAAGGAGAAGCUUAUUUCUAGCUACACUGAAAUGGUCCCCCUGAAGUCAGAGACAGGCAACUCUUAUUAUGGAUCACCUGGAGUUGUAAUGAAAGAUAAAGCCACCUAUGCAGAGAUUCACAGGGACAGCGGCCUCUUCGGAGGUGGAGGGUUUUGCUGCUGCUCCGACUCGUGCUGCUCCUGGUGGAAGUGGCUUCUGGGUCUCCUCCUGCUCUCCCUGCUCCUGCUGGGACUCCUGUUCGGCCUCAUCGCUCUGGCUGAGGAUGUGAGAAAGCUGAAGAAUCGAGUGGCGACGUUGGAGGCCGAGUCCUCGGUCACCUCUGCUCGCACCAGUCGGCUGUCAGGCUCCUCCAACGACGUCAACACCUACGUCAUGGAAGGCGGAGGAGGCGGCGUCUCUGACAACACGCUGUACCUGGGAGCUGGUGGUGGAGGAGGCUCAGGCUCCAGAACACGGGUCGGGGUUGCUGCUGGUGCUGGUGGUGGAACUGCCGGUACUAACGGUGUAGACAUCGGCGUUGGAGGUGGAGGUGGUACUGCUGGUGCUGGUGUUGCUGGUGGUACUGCCGGUGGUACUGCUGGUGCCAGGGCUGGAGCAGCGGGCAGCGGCUCCAGUGGCGGUGCCGGCACCAGUGCAGGUACCAGCUUCCAUGGCGGUGCCGGCACUGGUGGUUCAGGAACCAGCUUUAGUACCAGCACUGGCCUCGGGGCUGGUGUGAGUGGAGGACACAUCGACGCUGGUUCCCUUCAGCUGGCCGUCCAACACAUGUUAAGAUCUGAAAUGCAGUCACAGACCUUCAGAGCUUUCCUAGCAUCCUCAGUGCAGGGAGAGAGAGGACUACCCGGACCUAAAGGUGACACUGGACCUAAAGGAGAUCACGGCUUCCCUGGAACUCCAGGUGCUCCAGGUGCGAUGGGUCAUGCAGGUCCUGAAGGUCCAAAAGGACAGAAAGGAAGUGCAGGUGAUCAUGGAGCGGAGGGACCACCGGGUCUCAGGGGUCGUGAGGGCCCAGCUGGACCCAGAGGAGAAACUGGACCUCCAGGAUUUGGACUUAAAGGUGACAGAGGUUCUAACGGAGAUCCUGGGGUUCCUGGUUCUGCUGGACCUGCUGGUCCUCCUGGACCAAAAGGCUUAUCUGGAGCUCCUGGGCUUCCAGGUCUACCAGGUCAACCAGGAUCUCAGGGCUUCCGUGGCGAGGCAGGAUCACCUGGGCCUAAAGGUGACAGAGGACUUGCUGGGUUCCAGGGAAUGAAAGGUGAACCUGGCGACAGAGGUCUCACAGGAAUUAAAGGUGAUCCUGGUUUCCCGGGUCUGCCUGGACCAUCUGGAGAGAAAGGAUCUAAAGGAUCAAUGGGACCUUCUGGACAAGAUGGUAUUAAAGGAUCAAGAGGUGACCAGGGACCUGCUGGACCACCUGGACUCAGAGGACCUUCUGGGCCUCCUGGAGAUGCUGGACUUCCAGGAACACCUGGACUUCAAGGACCACCAGGAAUCGCAGGGAAUCCAGGACGACCUGGCGCCAAAGGUGACGCUGGUGAGGCAGGAAGAAUCAUCAAUGCAGCUGGCUCCACUUCUGUUGAUCCAGGACCACCUGGGCCCGCUGGUCCUCCCGGCGCUGCAGGACCUCCAGGAUUAUCAGGUCCCAUCGGUCCUGCUGGUCUUCCUGGCCAACCUGGUCCGAAAGGUGACCGAGGAUUUAAGGGAGACGUAGGAGAACCAGGAGUAACAGUGAGAAGCACUGAGAGAGUGAGCUCCAGCAGAGCAGAGAGGCAGUUUGGUGCCAGUGGAGGCGCAGCACUUCCUGGCCCACCCGGCCCACCAGGUCCACCCGGGCCCCCAGGCCAGCCAGGAUAUGGAAGACCAGGACCUAAGGGAGACAAAGGUGACCCAGGCUUUUCAUCCGACUCUGGAUCGUAUUAUCCUGGACCACCAGGACCGCCUGGCCCUGCUGGGCCUAAAGGAUCAACAGGUUCUCCAGGACCAAGGGGAUACCAAGGUGAACCAGGCCAGCCAGGUGUGCCAGGAAGUCCAGGAAGACCAGGAGCCUCUGAGACAGUGUCGUCUUAUGGUGGAGGACGCGGGAUCCCUGGACCACCAGGUCCACCAGGACCUCCUGGACUUCAAGGACCACCUGGACACAAGGGGGACACUGGAGCUCCUGGGAUUCCAGGUUCUUCAGGCGGAUCAGUCUCUGGUCCUCCUGGUCCUCCAGGUCCUCCUGGUCCUCCUGGCCAGCCAGGCUCCUUCUCUUCCUCCAGUGACAUUCGGCAGUACAUUACUGAGUAUAUAGGUAGAGCGACUCAGAGUGGCAUCCCUGGACCUCCAGGCCCACCUGGACCUCCAGGAAUCCCUGGAACCUUCUCCGGCUCUAUGGAAGACAUCUCUACCCGUAUCAUUGCAUACCUGAGACGUUCAGAUUCUGGUUUCAGCUUUGGUGGUCAGGGUCCUCCAGGACCACCUGGUCCUCCUGGACCUAGUUCUGGAUCCCUCACAGUUAAUGCUCUCAUCACCAUGCUUCAGAGAGACGAUGUGAGGAGAUACAUGACUGGACCACCUGGGCCACAAGGACCACAAGGACCACCAGGACCACCAGGGGUGUCAGGGGCGUCAGGGGCGUCAGGGUCAUCAGGAGGACUUUCAGGCACUUACAGAGUAGAAGAAGUAGCCCAAUAUGUCUUCAAUAUCAUGAAUGACAGAGGGAUUGCUAGAGGUCCACCUGGGCCUCAAGGUCCUCGUGGACUUCCUGGGCCUCCUGGUUCAGGAGGCUCUGGCUACAGUACUGCUACGAUUGACUAUUCUGCAUUGAUGAGAAGUCCAGACUUCCGUGUGAUCAAUUCUAACGUACAACAAGGUCCUCCUGGUCCUCCGGGUGCUACAGGCCGACCUGGCCCUCCUGGCCCUCAGGGGCCACCAGGAGUCUCCACUUCCACUGUGUUUGGGGGAGGAAGUCCUGGCUACAGUAUGGAGGACAUUCAACGUUACCUGCAGGGUUCUGGCUUCAGAGGUCUUCCUGGCCCUCCUGGUCCUCAAGGUCCACAGGGACCACAGGGUCCACCAGGUGGUUACUCUGGAUCAGUUUCAUAUAGUGGAAACUUCCCUCGAGAGAGCAUCCGUGCUGAAGUUCAGAACUAUCUGACCAGUGACAACAUUCGUCGUACCAUCAUCGGACCUCCAGGACCUCCACCUCCAGGUCCAAGAGGCGAGAGGGGAGAUCGUGGAGAGCCGGGCUACGUCCAGGGCUAUGCACAAAGCCAGGGCUAUGGACAAGGACAGGGCUACGGACCAAACCAGGGCUAUGGAUCAAGCCAGGGCUACUCUCAGACCGAUCCUCGCUAUGGUGCUGACCGAAGACAGGUUGAUGUCAGCAAGCUCACAGAGACUCUGGACUACUCCAAUGUUGCCAUGAAAGUCACAGACUACAUCAAGAAUCAAGGCCUGCUCCAGGACUAUCUGGUUGAAGGUCCUUUGAAGGCGAAUGUCAGAGCCAUUCAAGGUCCCCCUGGUCCUCCCGGCCCUCCCGGUCCACCUGGCUACAGCCGUGUCAUGGCGGCCUACGGCAAUGUCACAGCUGACCUCAUGGACUUCUUCAGAAUCCAUGGCGCCAUCCGCGGUCCUCCUGGAGUCCAAGGACCAAGAGGAGACCGAGGAUACCCAGGACCCAGAGGAGAAAAAGGUGAUCCUGGACGCCCAGGUUUGCCCGGAAUGCCAGGGUCAUACACUGUCCAAAUUCCACACAGAGUGCAGAAGAGAGAUGCAGAAAAUAAAGAGGUCAGCCGUCGUCAGAGGCAACGCCGUCAAGCCAGAGGGGGCUAAAGGGCUAACAUACUACUGUAACAUGUCACAUUUCUUUUCAGUUUUACUUGUCUUUGUCGUUAGGUGUUCAACUGCAUAAAAGUAGUCAAAAACAACUCUUUAUUGAUGCCAUCUGUAGAAAAGUCAGUUUAAGAAAAUAAAAGCAGCCAUAAAAAUGCAUCAAGUGUCUUUAACACGGCUUCAGUAGAGGUAAAGAUUUAGCUGCUGGUCAGUGUUUUUGGGACACGGACUUCAUCUUUUUCACAUGUGGGUGUAUAAUGUUUACUAUUGCUUGAUUAGAAGCUUGCAUUCCGACUUUUUUCCAGGGGCUGCUUUGUUUAAGAGAAUAUAUAUUUUUAAGCAUCAACUAGCAGUCGCUGAUAUUUUAAUUGCAUUUUUUUCCACUGAGUGUCUGGUGUUUUUGUAACUUUUGUCAUUUGAGGAAUAUAUUGUUUUGAGGACUACAUAAGUGCAACAUGCAUCCAUUAUCCAUUCACCCCAUACAAAUUAGCAGACAUGCUCUUCUUAAACCAAUGCAUCACUACGUGAACCUGACAGUCUCAGUCAGAGUGAGGGUCAUUUUUGGAUGAGGGUAAGUAAUCGAUGAUUUACCUGGAAGAUUUGUUGGCAAGAAAAGACACAAAUCAAGUUGUUUGCACGGUUGAAAGACAGCGACUCAGAUGAUCUCUAAGAAAUAGCUGACUGGAUUGUAUAUUUUUGUGUGAAAGCGCACUGAAUUUGAUAUAUUUUCUUUAUACCUUUAAGUGUUAGAAAGAUUAAAUUAUAAAAAUGUUCCCGGAUUAUGUUUGACAUGAUUGAACUUAUUGACAUUUGAUCGAUAUGUCUGAAAGACACAAAAAUAAAUCUAUUUUUGGA